AUGGACGGGAGGAAGCCCCAGCUUGGAGGGCCUUUCUUACCCGAGCGCUCGGCACAGAGCACGGCUCUCCCGCCAGUCGCCGAGAUACCCUCGCCGCGCGGCAUGGAGAACUUGCCAGCAAGUAGCCUACGAGACGCCUUCCGACUCAUGCCCAACGUGACGAGCACUGUGAGAGCCGUUACACCUGAGCCGUCGGUCGACGCUGUUCCAGAUAGUAUGGGGAGCGGUGUGGCGCAGAUAUCUCGUGGUGCAACUUCUGCGUCGCCGCAGACCUCUCCGCGGUUGAUUCCAGGCGCAGGCGUUACAAUGGGGUCCUUGGGUGGCCGGCGUCAAGGUGCGGUGUUCCACGAGGCGUUUGCCGGGUCCCUCGACAGUGCCUCGUCAAGUCCUCCGCCACGCCCCCCGCCGUCAUUCAGGCCUAGAACCCACACUAUGGACGGUGCUUUUCGCCAGCAACUUGCCUCUGCUGCCGAGGCACGUCACCGGAUGGGCUCCUUCUCAUCUUCCGGCUCUCUGCCAAUUUCAGAGGACCUGAGGCUUCCAAUGCUUCAGCCGGCCUUUGACCCGUAUCGAUUGCCGGAUCUCCGGAUUCCGAUAGCCCCCUCUGCCCCAAAGGAUAGGAAGACGUCCACAGCGAGGAGUCGCUUGACAAAACGACCUUCAUCCCGUCCAACGUCGCCGUUGUCAUCCGCCCCUCCGUCCGUCGACUCGUUGCCCUUACCUAUCCCUACUAGCGACGCAAAUAAAGUGUUGCUGUUGAUGAAGAAUUUAUGCGGGAGAAUGCGUGGCGAGGUUGAGUAUCAAAGGGAAGCCAGGGGCUCUUGGCAAGCUGGAAUGUGUUAUAUUGAGGAGGAAAAGGGGAGCUUGAUGUUCGACUCGGGUGAGAGUGGCCCCUUUCACACUCCUCUCAUAUCAGACCUACGAGCUUGCCGGGUGGUUCCGGUAGAACUACCGGACAAAGACGGCCAAUGUCUCGAAAUAGCCAGCCCGCACCUCAACCUGGCCCUGCUCUUGCGGCCGCUAAUUCCCGAAGAGUUGGAUUUGUGGCUCGCGGCUUUGCUUUGCUGGCAGCAAUUAAGGCCCUCUGGGCUAAAAGCUGCCGGGGCGAGGUCAUUUAGCGCAGCCACACCCACAACGCGGUCCGGGAUAAAACACCGCGCGUCUUCCUCCGGCUUAAGGGAGGCCGCCAUCAUCAAGAUAGGGAAGGUCAUGUUGUGGGACAAAGGCUUCGCCACUUCGCCCCAGGCAAUUGUCAAACGGCCAUCUACCCGCGACUUGCGGUCGUCGCAAACGUCGUGGAGAAAAGUGUCUUGUAUUCUCCAAGACAACGGGGAGUUCAAACUAAUGACAGACAACGACGUCUCAGUUCUAUCCGUCAUUGAGCUUUCGCAACUGGCUAGAUCGGCCAUCCAGCAGCUUGAUAGAUCCGUGUUGGACGAGGACUAUUGUAUUGCAAUUUUCCCAAUCUACUCGUCAACAUCAACCCAGCUGUCGAUAUUCCGGCCCGUCUAUAUUUCGCUCGAGUCUAGAGUGCUGUUUGAAGUAUGGUUCGUUCUCCUCAGGGCCUUUACAAUCCCCGACGUCUAUCGUCUUGAUCCUGCGAACGGAGGCCAAGUCUAUGAGGUGAUAGACAUCAAUGCGGAGCCCGCGGGAGAGACGUUUAGAGUGGAGAAGACAAUAUCCAUCAGGAUCACCGAGGCCAAGAUUCGCGGCCGAAGCAUGACGUCGGACGGGCCAUUGCCGGAUCGAUAUGGCAAAGGCGUUGAGCAAAAUCCGCUCAUUGGUAACUAUUUAGCUGAAGUGAUACUGGAUGGCGAGGUGCGCGCUAGGACAACCACCAAGAUGGACACAAAGAACCCCUUUUGGCGAGAGGACUGCGAGUUCCAUGAUCUACCGGCCUCACUGCCCUACCUUUCGGUGCUACUAAAAAGGGUUGAGGGCAAUCUUGAAACCUUCAGUCAUCAACUACAGGCAACCCUAGGGCUGGUGAAAACCGGCGGUCUCACUGAAGUUCUGUGCGGGUCUGUUGACAUACCCCUGCACCAACUGGAUCGCGGCAAGGAUCACGAACAGUGGCUUCAAAUAUAUGACGAGCGACAGCAGUCGAUCGGCUCCAUGCUAGUCAAAGUUCAUCACGAGGAGCUUGUUGUGCUGCUCUCCAAGAAAUAUCAGCCACUGUCCGAACUCCUCCACCGAUUCAGCUCCGGCCUGACCGCCCAAAUAACCGAAGCGCUGCCCGGACUCUUGCGUAGGGUCGCCGAGAUCUUCCUCAACAUCUUUCAGGUAUCUGGCCACGCAACCGAGUGGCUGAUGAAUAUGGUCGAAGAUGAAAUUGAUGGCAUCGGGAGCCAGGCGGCGAUGAGGAAGCCGCGAUUCAACCAGCGACUCAAGUCUGAUGACUCGAUUGAUUCUACCAGUGAUCGAGAGCAAAUCGUCCGCGACAUGGGCAAAUCACUCCAGGGGGAGGCGAACCUGCUAUUUCGGGGCAAUUCCUUAUUGACCCAGGCCCUGGAGUUCCAGUUGCGACGCCAAGGCAGAGAGUAUCUCCAGGAAACACUGGCCGAUAAGAUACUGGAAAUCAACGAGGCAAAUCCCAACUGUGAGGUUGAUCCCGGCAAGCUACAGCCUGGCGAUGACAUACAGCAGCAUUGGACCCAGCUCAUUAACUUAACCACCGAGGUUUGGGAAUGCAUCGCGACUUCUUCUGACCGGCUUCCUCCUGAGCUAAGACAUGUCCUCAAGUAUAUACGGGCCGUCGCUGAGGACCGCUACGGCGACUUCCUGCGCACCGUCACGUAUACAUCUGUCUCAGGCUUCCUUUUCCUCCGUUUCAUAUGCCCAGCCAUCUUGAAUCCCAAGCUAUUUGGCUUGUUACGCGACCAUCCGCGUCCGCGCGCCCAGCGCACCUUAACACUCAUUGCCAAGGGACUGCAGGCCCUCGCUAACCUUUCGACGAUUGGCAAGAAGGAGAUGUGGAUGGAGGCCAUGAACCGAUUCCUCAGUGCGCAGCGGCAGUCAAUCAAGGAUUUCCUCGACGGGGUCUGUGCUAUUCCAGUCGAGCGCACAAAGCUGACGCUGCCUGCGUCCUACUCGACGCCCAUCACUAUACUAGGCCGCCUGUCGCCCGUUGCCCGUGAGGGAUUCCCUUCGCUGCCUUACCUCGUCGACCACGCCCGGAACUUUGCCGCCCUCGUUAAAUUAUGGAUGGAUGCACAUCCCGUCUCUGCGAACAGUUCUAGAGUCUACGAAGGCGACAUACUCGAAUUCCAUAAUUUAUGCACUCAGCUCCACCGACGUGCGAUGGAGUGCUUUGCCCACAUUGAAAACCUUCGCGCGGCUGAUAAUGCCAGUCAACCGGGAGAUGAUCCGCUCGGCGUAGCCGAUGCAAUGGACCGUUUACAUUUUGCAAAUCUGCUCAACACGUCACCGUACGGAAACUCUGCUGCCUGGAUGGAGAAUGAAACACGUCCACCCGGGUCUUCGGGCAGCGAGGUGGACGAGUCCGGAACCGGAGGCAAGGAGGCCCGGUCUGGCCGUGAAACGAGCUCCUUGCGUCAGGUAUCUAGGACCAGUGACAUAUCGAGCCAGGGUGGGACAGUUCGGAGCCUACGUGCGCGGAAAUUUCUUAGUGGAUUCAUUCGCAGGACCCGGAUGGCGUCGCCGGACCCUGUGGCGGCGUCUUUCCAGGCUACAGGUAAGGGCCGCGACCAUAGCCGGGACCAGGAAAGAGAAAAGGGCUGGGAGAAGGCGAGGGACCGCAAUGGGGGGCUCGGCUUGCUGGAGCCAAAGCCUCAGCAAUAA